AUGCUCUACGCCGACCAGCAACUGGACCUCCGUGACCUUGUCCACCAGCAGUACAGCUACUAUGCCCGAGAGCUUGGCAACACCCACAAAGCGCUCAGCACACAAUACAUGAGGCUUGCCGAGCUUCAGAAGAAACUGGAUGAGCGGGAAGAACGACAGCUGUCAAGAAAGGUUAAGAAGAAGACUCAGUGGUCGCGUGCUUUGACCAAGAAAGCGAUCGAGAGCCUCGAAUCGCAGCAGGCUUGGUUGUAUGCCUACCUAUGUCAGUGUUAUUACGUUUUAUCUACGUAUGAGAGCGAUGGACACAAUGCAACACCAACACCGCCCGGCUUUGAUGCAACGACAAUGCCGAUCUUUGACAAUCGCGAGACGUAUGGAUGUACGACACCUGCACAUUUUGAAGACACGGGCCGAAUGCGGUACUGGGACCACUCGAUGAUGACAGAACGACGAAUGUCCUCUCCAUACGGUUCUUCGACAGACUUGGGCUUCUUCGAAUCUCCUACGCAUCACCCUCUGCCGUGGGACAGCGGCCAGUCGCUGUUGUUCCCAAAUGUCUACCAGAACACGGAUCCGUGGUCUGGGGAUGCACCACGGGCCUCCUUGAGCACACUUUCGUCAUCUUCUGAAAGGGACGUUGUGCCCGAGAUGAUCAACCCAGCACCGCCUCCUUCAACCAUGAAACCAAGGAAGCGACGCUACUCUGAGAACGCUAUACAGCUCAUCGAGAGUCGGCUCCCGGCGACGAAGACACAUCGCAGAGGCCAAAGCGUUGAUCAUAUAUCUGCGUCUUCUCGGACACUCUCGGUCGGCCACGUUGCCGGAGAGUUCGGCAUGAUCGAGAAACGAUAG